AUGGCCAGUAUAGGGCAGGAGAAUAAGAAGGGCUUCUUCAACUAUCCGGAGGCUAGGAAGGGUCCAGAUGUUCCUUACAAGAAUGACAGAAAGGAGAAUCCGGCCGUGAGAGGAUGGUUUAUCUACAUCUCAGCCCUCAUUCUUGAGAAUAUCUCGCUGGUUCGCCACAAUGUUUGGCGUAAUACUGGAUUUGGCGACCUACGCAAGAUUCGAACUUAUCUGGAGUACUUCGAACCUAGAUAUGACCCAACUGUUGUCCCCACCACAGCUCCAACAUCCCCGUUUGAGAGCAAAGAUGACCUGGCCGUUGACUCCACAACUGCUCCGUCACCAAAAACGUUGUCGAGUCAUGGGUACUACUCUGUAUCUGACUAUACAGCCAUGUAUUUAUCUGGAGACCUGACUCCUACUGCUGUCGCCAAAGCCUUGCUUCCUCUGAUACAGAAGGACACGUCUCCACCUGGCCAGUAUUCUGCCGGAUGGUUCGACAGCAAAGUUGAGCUGAUUAUGGCUGCGGCUGAGGCUUCGACAUUACGUUACCAGAAAAAGGCACCUCUUGGACCACUAGAUGGUGUACCAGCUGCUGUAAAGGACGAAUAUGAUAUCGAAGGCUAUACGACCUGCCUCGGAUCUGUGAACGACUACACGGGAGAAGCUGCACCAGGAGAGACCAUCACCGCAUGGUGUGUGAGGAAGAUGGAUGAGGCUGGAGCCAUCAACUUCGGAAAGCUGCACAUGCAUGAAUUUGGUCUGGAUACAUCCGGCAACAACCCAGUCAAAGGCACACCUCCCAACCCUUACAACCCUAAUUACUACACUGGCGGCUCCUCCAGUGGAUGCGGUUACGCUGUAGCCUGUGGACUCAUCCCCAUCGCCCUAGGAGGUGACGGCGGAGGCUCAAUACGUAUCCCAGCCUCCUUCUGCUCGGUAUUCGGACUCAAGCCCUCCCACGGUCGUCUCUCCUUCAAGCCAUGCAUGAACCACUCCUCCACCUGCGCCGUCAACGGUCCCAUCGCCUCAGAUAUCACUUCUCUAACAAGCUUCUACCAAGUCCUUGGCGCCCCUGAUCCGUCAUCCAUCUUCCCUCCUCCAUCCUUAACAAUCCUCUCGCCCUCUCUCAAGAAAGUAAAAGUCCUGGGUAUCCCCGAAGUAUGGUUCGCACGGAGCACACCCGCUAUCCAGAGACUCUGUCGCUCGCUGAUAGACAAGAUGGUCACGGUGCAUGACUACACCAUCGUACCCAUCACCAUCCCUUUCCUCUCCGAAGGACAAAUCGCACACGCAAUGACCGUCUUGACCGAUGCAGCAACACUUCUCCCCGUCACGCAUAACCUCACUUCUGCAAACAGGAUCAUGAUCUCUCUCGGCACAGUAACGCCAGCCAUCGAUUACCUCCUGGCUCAGAAACUCCGGCAAUUAUUGAUGCAGCACCUUGCGUAUCUCUGGCAGCAACACCCGGGCAUGAUAAUCCUCACGCCGACGACGAGCUGCGCAGGUUGGAAGAUCGGCCAUAAAGAUGAUCUGAAGUACGGUAUCAGCGAUGGGAAUCAGACACUGAAGACGAUGGAGUAUGUCUGGAUGGCGAACUUCCUGGGAUUACCUGGUCUGACUGUGCCAGUUGGGUACGUAAAGCCGGAGGGAAGUAAAGGGGCAGGUGACGAGGCGGUUGAGGAGACUGAAGGACGUGUGCCUGUGGGUUUGAUGGCUAUGGGUAAGUGGGGCGCUGAGGAAGAUCUGUUGCGAUGGGGCCUUGACGCUGAGGGUGUUGGAGAGGAGAGGAGGAGACGGCCGCCGAUCUGGGUGGAUGUUAUUGAAAGGGCAAGGGUGGAGAUGAAGAAAACGUGA